CGAAGACGGUAGAUAGUCCACACUACAUAUAAGGAAAGGAAAGGAAAGGGAGUCGUAGCCGGCCGGAAACCUACGGGAAGAAAUUUAAUAAUAAUGGGUGUAGUGGAAGCAGCUCACAACGUUAAGGUUCUGGGUUCCGGCGAGAGGACCAUCGUCCUGGGACAUGGAUUUGGAACCGACCAAUCGGUUUGGAAGCACCUGGUACCGCACCUUGUCGACGAGUACCGUGUGGUUCUCUACGACAACAUGGGCGCCGGCCCGACCAACCCUGACUACUUCGACUUCGAACGUUACGCGUCUCUUGAAGGUUACGCCUACGAUUUACUGGCCAUCUUGGAGGAACUUCAGAUCACUUCUUGUAUAUUCGUCGGCCAUUCCUUGUCUUCCAUGACCGGCGUCAUCGCCUCCAUCUUCCGCCCUGAUCUCUUCUCCAAAAUCAUCUUAAUUUCCGCUUCUCCCAGGUUCAUAAACACUGAUGAUUACUACGGCGGGUUUGAGCAAGAAGAUAUCGAUCAACUGUGCGGAGCAAUGGAGUCGAACUACAAAGCGUGGAUCUCCGGGUUUGCGCCGCUGGCGGUCGGCGGCGACAUGGACUCGGUGGCGGUGCAAGAGUUCAGCCGGACGCUGUUCAACAUGAGACCCGACAUAGCCUUGAGCGUCUUCCGGACCAUCUUCAACUUCGACCUCCGAGGGUUCCUGUCGCGGGUCACCGUGCCCUGCCACAUAAUUCAGAGCUCCAAGGACUUGGCGGUGCCGGUGGCCGUGGCUGAGUACAUCCACAGCAACCUCGGCGGCAAGUCCAUCGUCGAGGUGGUGUCGACGGAAGGGCAUCUGCCGCAUUUGAGCGCGCCGGAGCUUACCAUUCCCGUCCUGCUCCGACACAUCCAGCACGAUAUUGAUGCGGAUGCUGCUUAAUAUAAUUUAAUGUUUUUGUUGUGCUCUACUCUACUUCAGUUGUAUUAUCAUAUCAAAAUGUUUCCUUGUUUAUUAUGUGGACUCAGUUUUUAUGUAAUUUAUGUUUGUAAUUUCUGUGUAUGUGACUAAGCUAGGUUCGUUGUUGAUAAUCUUGUCAAUACAUGCAUUAUUCUAUCAAA